AUGGCUUUCAUGAGAGUAAUGAAAGUGAGUCGAGACCAGCAUUCAGCAUGUGCACAGGCAUUGCUUGAAGGAACUUUAGAUGCAAAUUUGAACAAAGCAUUAAAAGAAAUACCAAUUGAAAUAAUUCAGAAUGCCAAAUCUAUUUUUGCAUCUGCGCUGAAAUAUGCAAAGGAGAAUAGGAAGUUUGUAAAAAAUGAAGCAAUAAAUAAAAAACGUGCAACUGAUCACUGA